AUGGAGGAGAUGGAAAAGACCUAUCCUCAAUAUGAUGAUAUGGGAUACAACGAUCUAACAACGGUUCUUAGUAACCUGGAAAGGAAGGUGACGGGGAAAUCAUUGUACGGUAAAGAUCCGACAAAGUUAGUCGAUCUUAUUGACGAAACGGAAUAUGUGAAGAAAAUGUUAACUGAACAACUGGUAGCGGAAACAACCUUUACCGAGGGGGGAGAUGGUACGGUAAAUAUCUCGGGUCCAUCAGGAAAUAUAAGCGCCCCAGAACUGGAAUUUGUGGAGGAUCCGGAAGGACUUCUUCCGGAUGUUCUGGAUUUAUUUAACGAUACAUUUGAAAUCGAAUGGUAUGAUAUAGAGGACCGCUUGAGAAAACUAAAAAAGUUCUCAAGGGACCGGAUCACAGCAGGUAAGAAAAGAGACUUUGAAAACCAGGUAGAGCGUGUUCAAGCGGUCGCAAGAGUUGUUAAAGCAAAGGAGAAACUAGUACUAGACCCCAGGAACACUUACCUCAGGGAACUCAUAAGAAGGUCAUCCGUAAAAACACUCAAGGAUGGUACAGAGGUGUUAAUGUUCAGAAGUGAACAGGGUAUUAACAAAAGUGGCACUCAGAUAAUGAAACGUGGUAAGUUACAUACACCUGUGUACUCGAAAAAUUCUCCUGCACUGAGAGAGUAUAAGAAACUAGUGAGUGAAAUUAGAAAAAAUCCGGGACCGUUAGUAAUCAGAAGUGAUAGCAAUACUUCGGUGUACGAAGAUGCCACAGAAGAGAUGCCGAAAAAUACUGAUGGUACACCAAAGUCGACAUUAGCAGAAACAUUCGAGGAGAACUUUAGAAGAACGCAUCAGAUAGAGAAACCAGAGGAACCGGAAGUAAAGGAUAUAGAAGGUCUAACACCGGAGGAAAACAGGGAAAUGAGAGGUGUCCUUACUUCACGUAGUCUGGAAGGUAGAACUGGACCGAAUGGUGCACUACAGAUACAGGCAGACUUCCUCAGGGAAACAAUUCGUAGAACUAAGGCGGAAGCAGCCAAAGCCAUGUCACUUGAUGAGUACAUGGAGCUCAAGAAGAGGAUAGAAGGUCUUCAGGAAGCUAGGGAGAGAACACUGGAAAGGAAGGAAGACGAGGAAAUUGAGGUGCUACAGUCAGAGGACAUCUCGAGACUCAAAAGGUUUGCGGACUGGGUGGGGAAGGAAAAGGUGGGACUAGCAGGAGUAGCAAUAUCAACAGCAGGUCUUAUUACAGCCUUACUUAUUCAUGCUAGAGGGGUGGUUGUGCGAGGAGCAAGGGCAACAGGUAAGGUAGCAAAGACACUAGCCAACUUAGCGAAAAACGUUGCUCCAAUCCUUGUUCCAGUUUUGAAUGCUAUUGCAACGGCACUGUCGUGGGGUGCUAAAGGCCUUACCUGGCUAGCAUCAAACUUAUGGGUACUAGUUCUAGCUGUGGUAAUAAUGGUGUACGAAUAUUACAAGCCUUAUAAUAGCCAUGGAGGAAGACAAAAGCGGAUACGAUGA